AUGUCUUCAUCCCAGAGAAUUCUCCUUGUCGGUGCCGGCGAACUUGGCCAGGCUUUUCUACCCCAUCUUUCUACAUUACCGAACACGACAAUAACCAUUGCGGUUCGCACAGCAUCCAAAUACAACCAUCUGAUCGAUGACAAUAUCAAUAUCAUAUCUCUGGACCUUUCAGGUCCUUCUUCUGAUGUGGCCAAAUGUCUCGCGAAUUAUGACAUCGUAGUCUCGUGUAGUGGUUUCGGCCAGCCGGCGGGUACGGUGACCAAGCUUGCUGAAGAUGUAUUGGAAGCUGGGAAGCAGAGAAAGGAGGCGGGCAAAUCGCCGGUAUGGUUCUUUCCAUGGCAGUGGGGGGUAGACUACGACAUCACCGGGGACGGUGGCGGUCUGAUGCCGUUGUUUGGAGAGCAGCGCGAGGUGAGGAACCUAUUAAGACAAGAAGCUUCGCAGUCUCAUGUGAAGUGGACGAUUGUAUCCACAGGUAUAUUCAUGUCCUUCUUGUUUGAACAGUUCUGGGGCAUCGUAGUUCGGCAAGAAAAUCAAAUUACUGUCAGGGCGCUCAGGAGUUGGAACCACAAGAUUACGGUCACGGACGUCAAAGAUAUUGGCAAAGUUCUGGCGAGAAUUGUCGCUGGGGAUGUCGAAGGGAAAGAUCGUAUCGUUUAUGCGGCUGGCGAUACUGUCAGUUACGCGAAACUAGCGGACACAAUCGAACAAAUCACUAAAGGCCGUGUUGACCGUGAAGAAUGGACGGUAGCCCACCUCAAAGAAGAGCUAGAAAAGGAUCCAGAUGAUCUCAUCAAGAAAUACCGGCUGGUGUUCGCUGGUGAUGGUGUAUGGUGGAAUAAAGAUCUGACAGUAAACUACAAGCUGAACAUGCCCGUCAUGACCGUAGAGGACUACGCUCGAGAGCUCCUGAGCUAG